CUUUAAGCCCCGCCUGCUCCGUAGACGGUUCUGAUGGUCCGACUGCUGGAGCGGAGGAUGAAGCUGUUCGUGGCCGCCGCGCUGCUGCUGGGCUCGGUUCUGCUGCUGCUGCUGCCCGGCCCGGGGGCCGCGGACGACAAGAAGAAGGGGCCCAAAGUGACGGCCAAGGUUUACUUUGACAUGAAGAUCGGAGACGAGGAGGUCGGCCGGAUCGUCAUCGGCGUCUUCGGGAAAACCGUUCCCAAGACGGUGGACAACUUUGUUGCCCUGGCGACGGGAGAGAAAGGAUUCGGCUACAAGGGCAGCAAGUUCCACCGGGUCAUCAAGCAGUUCAUGAUCCAGGGAGGAGACUUCACCAGGGGGGACGGGACCGGGGGGAAGAGCAUCUACGGGGACCGGUUCCCUGACGAGAACUUCAAGCUGAAGCACUACGGCGCCGGCUGGCUCAGCAUGGCCAACGCCGGCAAAGACACCAACGGCUCCCAGUUCUUCAUCACCACCGUGCAGACGCCCUGGCUGGACGGCAAGCACGUGGUGUUCGGCAAGAUCCUGGAGGGCAUGGACGUGGUCAACAAGAUCGAGGCCACCAAGACAGACGGCCGGGACAAACCGCUGAAGGACGUCGUCAUCCACGACUCGGGCGUGAUCGAGGUGGAGAAGCCGUUCGCCGUGGCCAAGGAGUAGACGGGGGGUCUGGG